AUGAAGGAGGCAAAGAAUGUGCAAGAUGAUAUUCGCAUGGACGUUUCUUUUUUCACUUUACAAAGUACAAGCUCUGAAGAGGAAUUGUUUAAUCCAAAUCUCCCAUCGUUGAUGAAGGAGAAUGUAGAGGUCUUGAAACCUCAGCAGUUGUUUGACGACCUCAAAAAACUUUCAAAUAAUAACAUUGAUGGAGAAGAUAAAAAGCAUGUAGAUAGUUCGUCAGACAGUGACUCAAGUGACUCUAGCGACUCUGAGAGUACGAAAAGCGGUAAUGGUGAUCAUUUGUCGUCAUCUGAUUCCUCCAUUUCGUCAGACUCUGAUUCAUCGAAAGAAACCGAAGAUAAAGUCAUGAAAGACUUGACUCAGGAGGAAUCAGCACAAGAAAGGAAUAUUUUCUCUACAAUGCAACAAACUGCAAGUCCCCCUAAGCCAUCCCCUGGCAAAAAUGUGGUAACUACUUACAGUAUAAAGCCCCCUAGCUCUGUGGAUAAUCAGAUCCAAAGUUUGCAGGCCAAUGUACGAAUAGUUCCUAAAAUUACUAUUAGACUACCUCAACUUUCUCCUAAACGUGAUGAGAGAAAACGAUCACGCGAUGAGGAGAGUGAACGUCCUAACAAAGAAACAGGGAGGCAUUCCUCUCCACAGAGGUCAGUAACAGGACAAGAUAAGGCAUUUGAUAAAUUUGUAUUUAGUGAAACUGAUAAAAAGCAGGUAAUGGAUGGUCCACCUAGAGAUACAUUGCGGUUGUUGAAAACUGAUGAGAAAGGUGGACAGCCAAUAAAAAAUAGUGUUACCUCAUCCAAUCCUGUUUCAUGUGUUAAUGAUGCUAGCGAGAUUAGAACUUUGUUGUUGAAACCUAGAGAAACUGGACGGACAAGAGAAAUUGCAAGUCCAGCUGCAUCAACUGGGAGUGAGGUAACCACAAAUAAUAGACGUCGAUAUAAUAAAAAUAAUGAUCAUGAGCUGGCAACUGUUACAAGUAGUCAGAAUAGUUCUGCCAGAACAGUGAGUUGUUUAGGUGUUACUGGAAAAAUGACAACAAGGUCGUCUUCGGCCCUGGAAGGCAUAAUAACUAGAUCAUCAUCUGGAAGAAACUCUCCAAAAGUCUCAAUAGACAGCUCUACUCAUUCAAACAAAAGUGACAAAGCGGAAAAGGCUUCUUCCAAGGAAUCGUCACCUGCUAGAUCAGAUAAAUCUCAGACUGGCAAUAUUAAUUUUGAGAUUUCACAGACUAAUUCUGGUAAAUCGUCUCCCAAAACAAUGCCCGAAUCUGCCAGUUCGGGUUCAGAACGAUCAUCACCGAAGAGAGUGUCUGAUUCUUUUGUGCCAACGGUAGGGAAAUUAACAAUAAAAGUGGGUGUUGCCGAGAAUAUAAUUCAGUCUAGUAAUCAGGCUGGAAAAUCUUCUCCAAAGACAAACAAUGGAGUAUCAACAGGUGUGUCAAAAACAGAUGAACUGUCAGAAAAACCAGUAAGAGUCACUAGGACUUUGAGAUCGAACUCACAUGCACAUGCACAUGCUCAGGCACAGGCCAAUUCUGGGAGUGAGAACUCAAAUCAGGAGAAAGAGAAAGAAACUAUUAAUGUGCCCCUUACAAGGAGCCGAAGAAACCAAGUUGAAGCAACAACAACAACUCCGUCGGAACCAGCUCCUCCUCCUCCUGUUGUUGAAUCACAUCCAAGAAAACGUAAAAUGGCGAGGCAUCGUGAGCAAAACAAUGACGAAUCUGUUUUAGAACCUCCAGUCCGAUUGGCUCCUGAACAGAGAACAAAUUCAUUUGAAAUGUUUUUAAAUAUACGCCAGAUUGUUGCUGAGAGACAUAAAAGUUUAUGUCCGGUGACAAGCAAAGCACCUCAGGGAUUCAAACAAUAUUUAACAUUUAGGAAGAACUAUGUAUUAGACAAUAGUGACCAUAGUAAAAGGAAAGCUGUGCCUCAG